AGACGGAAACGUUAGAGACGUCAUUUUGUUUUGGACAUAACUUUUACGCAGGUCACAAAAUGUGUGAAAUGGAAGACAUGGACCAUAUUGGACAGCAUCUCCAAAUGAACGAUAUGCGUAAGAAAGGACUUUUUACAGAUGGCCUCAUUCAUAUUCCGACUGAAAAUGUGUCUUUACCAAUUCACAAAGCAAUCAUGGCGAGUUGUAGCAACUAUUUUAGAUCUUUGUUCACUUGGGGGAUGUGCAAUCGUGAAUAUGAGAAUGAUGUCGUCAUUACCGGAGUAUCAGCUAAAACUAUGGAAGCAGUGAUAGACUACGCAUAUAUACAACGGGUUGAUAUUCAUCCGGGGAACGUCGAGGAUCUUAUUGCAGCUGCCGACCGUUUUCACAUGUUCGGACUUCAAAAACAUUGUACAGAUUAUCUCGUGAAUGAACUAACAAUUGAUAAUUGCAUUGGAAUAAAGAUGUUCUUCGAUUUUUAUUCAUGCACAAAUGGACUGAAAAAGACAAAUGAAUUCAUAUGGAGACAUUUUACAGAAAUUGCGGAGUCAAGUCAGGAAUACCUACAAAUGAGUUUCGACAACUUAAAGGAAAUUAUUAACAAUGAUGAAAUAUACGUUUCCGACGAAAGUGAAGUUUUGAGCGCAGUGCUUCGGUGGAUAAAACACGACACGGGCAGCAGAAAAUGCCAUUUUGCGGAUCUGUUGAGUGUUGUGAGACUGACUUUUGUAAACCAGUCAUAUUUCGACGACUUUCUUACGACAGCUCUAAGUAUUUUCAAGCAGUGUGCGAAAUCAAAAUCGUUGUUAGAAAGGGCAAAAGACCUCAAAAUGCGGAUGCGCAACACUGAUUCGAUUAUCUGCAAUCCGCAUGAGAACAUGCUUCGACCUCGUGUUCCACGGGAGGUCCUCUUCGUCGUCGGUGGAUGGUCAAGUAGUGGCGUUGUAGAUUCCAUGGAAACGUUUGACCGGUAUACUGGACGAUGGUAUGAUGCUGUGUCUCACAUGCCGAACACGCGUGCUUACCAUGCAACUGUGUCACUAGGUGGCGUGAUCUACGUCAUCGGUGGUUACGAUGGCUCUAGAUACCUUUCUUCAGUUUUAUGCUUCCGUCCGGACACACAUACCUGGGAAAACAGAGCACGGAUGCAUUUUCAGCGAUGCUACGUUGCUGGCGUGGAACUCGAUGGGAAGAUUUACGUGUUUGGAGGGUUUGACGGUAGACAGCGACACGACUCCGUGGAAUAUUACGAUGCCAUAUCGAACCAAUGGAACGACUCACAGCCUAUGCGACAAUGUCGAAGCGAUUGUGGCGCCACGGUGUCCUCCGGUAAGAUCUACGUAGCAGGCGGUUUUGACGGCUCACAUUGUCUGUCGUCAGUUGAGAUGUACGACACGACUACAAAUCACUGGACAAUGUUAACAAGUAUGUCCAUUCCUCGUAGUGGCGUGUCUAUCAUGUCAGUCGGGGAAGUCAUCUUCGCCAUCGGCGGAUAUGACGGUGGCGUACGGCUUCGCACAGUUGAAGAAUACAAGCCAUUUCGGAAUACAUGGUCUGCCGUUGAUAGUAUGAAUGUAGGUCGUAGUAACUUUUGUGCGAUCCUUUUCGGCGGGAAAAUAUACUCUAUCGGUGGGUACGACGGUUCUGUAACGUCUCCCCACGUAGAAAGUUUUGAUCCUAAGACAAACACUUGGAUCCAAAAAUGUCCGCUUAAGAUCGGGAGAAGUGCAUUAAGUGCGUGUGUUGUCAGAGAUAUGAAGAAUGCAAAGGAGUUCACGUGUCUAGGACGAGACGCAUCGGCGACUUCGACAUAAAACACACGGAGAAAAAAAUUACCGGCACAAGUUCGAGCAGUAACAUUGAUUAUAUACCUUACUAUGUAAACUUGAAUCUCCUUUUCCUUACAACUCGUCAUGCACAUAUUUGUUUAAUAAAUAUUUAAUCAAAACCUUCCAUUUGCAUGUUCCAUCCAUGUGUUUACAAAGGUGCUCGUAUUUGCUCUAGAUAAAUAUAGAUGUCAAUAUUGCCGGCUUUAUAAAGCGCGUUUAAAAUCAUGCAUGCAUAUUUUCAAAAUCAUAUAAUUAUUGAAAAUCUGAUAACGUUUUUGUGUAUUGAUUCAAGAAUGUAAUUUAAAAUCUCACGAUAUAAUAGUUAAUAUAAUAGGAUUUGUUUCUGUUAUUUGAAUCUGAUGUGUUGCAUAUUUUGUUGUUUGUAAAUCCGGAAUAUAAAAACAAUACCGCGUAAAUGGUACGGCACAUAAGCUACUGGUCCGUUUGAUAUACCUAUUCUCUUUUAUCAUGUUGUUAAGAUGCAUAUUUUAACGAAACAAUAAAAUGUAUGUACAGUAUCUUAGUUGAGAGGUUGGAAGCUGAUAGAAAAGCGUUUAUGUGACUCUGAUCGGACCAUGUG